AGCUGUUUGAGAAAAAGAAUACUGUGACUGAAAGAACUGUUUUGUUUAGGGCUUUUUUUCUCUACUCAGUCAAAUAUCAUCCAGAUCUAGCUGAGAUAUCCAAAGUAUUUAAUUGCCAGAUUUUUUUUCUUAGAACAAAGAAAAAGGCCAUGUGCUAAAAUAACUGCACGUAUAAACUCAGCUGAGUUCACACUGCUACUGCCAGAGUGACAGCUGGUGCUUCACUGAGAACAUCUGAGACUGCCACAGGGGGCGAGAGGGAAGACUGGGGCAAGAGUCCAGCCCCACAAAGAUCUGCUGCUACCAUUGUGGGGCUUCCAGAAAAGUAUCUCAACUGAUAUUUGGCUGAACCAGGGAUAAAAAUUCUCCUUUGAAACUUGUGAAACACUCCUGAUUUUGUCAUAGAGUCAACAUGAGCAAGAAUACCUGUAAUCCACGUGGGAAGAGCAGAAGUGUUUCAGAAGAAGCUCUGCAACACAACACUGAGGACGAGGACUCUUCCCAAGGAAUGGAGCCCUAUCUUGUGCGGAGAUUAUUGUCCCGCAACAUCCAGCUUCCCCCACUAGCUUUCAGGCAGUUAGAACAGGCAUACUGGGAUAAAAACAAUGAUACUGAGACUCUCCCAAGACCCAUGACUCUUCCACUGAGGAUACCUCCUCUGAUUGCUGUUACAGCUGCUGAGUCCAGCAGUAUGAAGUUGUGGCUUACAGUGGUGAAGGCAGUGCAGCAUUUUGGUAACCUGAUAAUAUAUAAAGAAAAGAUAUCUUUAUUUUUGGAAUAAGGGAGACCAGUUCUUGAAAGAUGCUCAUAGAAACACUGACGACAACCAUAAAAG